AUGGACCUGCCCCCGCAGCUCUCCUUUGCCCUCUAUGCGGCUGCCUUUGCGUUGGGCUUCCCACUCAACGCCCUGGCCAUUGGGGGUGCCGUGUCCCACGCCCGGCUCCGCCUCACCCCUAGCCUUGUCUAUGCCCUCCAUCUGGGCUGCUCUGACCUCUUGCUGGCAGCCUCUCUGCCCCUGAAGGCGGUGGAGGCCCUGGCCUUGGGUGCCUGGCUUCUUCCGGCCCCACUCUGUCCUGCCUUUGCUCUUGCCCACUUCGCUCCGCUCUAUGCCGGUGGGGGCUUCCUGGCUGCCCUGAGCGUCGGCCGCUACCUAGGGGCUGCUUUCCCCCUGGGCUACCAAGCUGCCCGGAGACCGUGCUAUUCCUGGGGGGUGUGUGCGGCCAUAUGGGCCCUUGUCCUCUGUCACCUGGGGCUGGUGUUUGGGUUGGAGGCUCCGGGAGGCUGGAUGAACAAUACCACCAGCUCCCUGGGCAUCAACACACCAGUCAAUGGCUCUCCAGUCUGCCUGGAGGCCUGGGACCCAGCCUCAGCGGGCCCCGCUCGCCUCAGCCUCUCUCUCCUGCUCUUCUUCCUGCCCCUGAGCAUUACAGCCUUCUGUUACGUGGGUUGCCUUCGGGCACUGGUCCGCUCAGGCCUGAGCCACAGACGGAAGCUAAGGGCAGCCUGGGUGGCCGGGGGGGCCCUGCUCACACUGCUGCUCUGCUUAGGACCUUACAAUGCCUCCAAUGUGGCUGGCUUCCUGCGCCCCAACAUGGGAGGCUGCUGGCGGAAACUGGGGCUCAUCACAGGGGCUUGGAGUGUGGUGCUCAACCCGCUGGUGACUGGCUACUUGGGAGGGGCUACCAGGAGGGUGACAAGUGUGGCAAGAACAAAAGGAGGGACAUCCCAGAAGUAGUAGCCCCUACUGGGGAGAAGGGGUAU